GUGCCCUAUAAAUUACAAAGAGAACUCUUUCGGCUCUCCCUCCAACUCUCAAACCAUUUGCUUCAGUUUCUCAUCAGCUUCAGAUCAUGGAUGCGACCAGUGUGGCAGUGCAUUGUUAUUGGAAUGGGAGAGUGAAAAAGGAAAGCAAGGAUGUUGAUUAUGAAGGUGACAAUGUGAGCAUGAUGCCUAUAAACCUCAACUAUGGAACUACGUAUGCUGAAUUGUUGGAUAAAAUAUGUACAAUCACAGGCAUUGACAGAUUUGAUUUUGAGUUUAACAUCGUAUGCAGAUACCCUAUUUCUUCACGGGAAUAUAAACCCAUCCCAAUAAAGAAUGAUGAGGCUGUGAAACUUAUGUUGGAGGUGCCAAUCAGGUCUGGGGUUUCUUGUGUAGAAAUAUAUUUGGAGAGUAAUGCAGUCUCCUUUCCUGUUGAAGCAAACGCAACAGCAAAUGUGCAAACAUCUCCUUCGAUUCGUUUGCUAGAACAAGAGAGUAAUGCAGUCUAUGGAGUUAAUGAUGGUUUAGCUGAUAAAUUCCUGUCCAAGGAUGGCUAUGGUAACACAUCUAUACGUAGGCUUUUGACUUGCAUUAUUGUUAGAAACUAUGGGGAGGCAUCAUCUAAGAAUUCAAACGAUUUUCCUACAUAUGAUGACAAGGAGAUGGGGGGACGAAAGUGGGAGGACUUAAACAUGGACUGUUUGGUGAAUGUGUUUCACAAAGUGGGGAUAGAAUCGUUGUUGUUGGAUGUUCCCCGUGUAUGCAAGUCAUGGCAUAAAGCGAGCCUCGAUCCCAAGUGUUGGGAGUCUCUCAUUUUUCCUGAAGACAUCAGGUGUAAAAUAUGGGACAACGGUCGCUUUUCAAAAAGGUUAAUGAUGGAAUACCAAGAAAAUUUCUCAUCCACUGCGUUCAUAAAGUUUGUAAUAGACCGUAGUCGUGGACGUGCCACUGCACUUGGGCUCCCUGGCUGCUGCACCGAAGAGGCACUGGAGUAUGCUGCUAACGAGUGUCCUGAACUAAAGACUUUGAAAUUGAAUGCUGAUCUACCUAACAAACAACGAAGAAUUAUCCCAAGGCUGAUACCAAAGUGGAAAAAUCUGGAAGUUUUGGUCCUCGACAGGAGACAUAGGAUGAGGGGAAUUCUAGCCCAGAUUGCCCUUCACUGCAAUAACUUCAUGAGGCUAUCAGCUCCAGGAAUCAAUGUUGGCUACUGGGAAGCAUCAGCCAUUGUCACCUUACUACCAAACCUUAGGUACUUGGUUCUAAAGGGGGCAACCAUUCGGCAGAAAAGGGUAGUGAUGAUCUUGCAGGGCUGCAAACAGCUUGUGCAUUUAGAUGUCAGGGGCUGUACUGGUUUUGAUGAGGAUGAUGCUGAGAUUCUGGAGCUUGCUUCUCAUAUUCCUUCCUUCAUGUGUGAAGGUUCGCGCCGUAAUGGUCACUUUCCCUUAAAAUGUCUGUAUGAACCUUUGCCACAUUGAUCGUGACGGUCCGUGCCCUUCUGACCCCUACGAUGACUAUGACCUUAGAGAUAUCGAUCGUGAUUGUGAUUAGUAUUUUGAUUGAGACCAGGUGACUUGGUUCAAUUUGGGCUUGUUUUUUGACACGGGGUCUGUAUGAGAAAUUCCAUUGUGUGACUACCUACAUGCCGGUUGAAUUCAAAUUUUUGUAAUGUCUGUUAAUAAUUACUACUUCCAACUAUAGAAUGCAACUAAAUAUAUGAAUUGUGUUGUUGUUGUUAUUAUGGGAAUGGUACUACUUGAUAGUUACCUAAAUGUAAUUUUUUUUUUCCAAGUUUUAUUGAUAAUUUCUUACCAUUAUGUUCA